UUUUGCGCUGGAUUCCCUUUCUCCCAAAAAUUAGGGUUUCCAAUUUUUUUUGCCUGAAAGCUAUAACAAUAGUUCUCCACAUUCCCUCUCUGGGAAGAUUCUCCAUGCAAAUGUCUCCCUCCGAACCCGCCAUUGCACGACCAAUCAAUCGAAUGGCGAUCUUCGGCUGCAUGUCAUGACCCAGGUUUGGGUUUGGGUGAUUUGGUUGCGGUAGAAAUGAUUAAGCAAAUAUUCAGUAAGCUCCCGCGGAAGCCACCGUCGAAAUUGUCACAGGGCGAUUCUAACAGCAAUGAUAUCUCAAAUUUCGCAAAUUCGAAUUUUUACGGAGCCUAUGGUCCUCCUGCCAAAGAGGGACCUUCCUCAAUGCCGCCGGCGAACUACGAGGCUGCUUGCGAGGCGCUCCCGAAUCUCCAGGACGUUCCGAGCUCGGAAAGGCAAUCACUUUUGAUCAGGAAGUUGAAUAUGUGCUCUUUUGUGUUUGAUUUCGCCGAGCCGACCUCGAAUUUGAACGAGAAAGAUGUCAAGAGAAGGAUGUUGCUCGAAUUGGUGGAUUACAUAAAUUCAGUGAACUCCAAGUUUACUGAAGUUGCAAUGCAUGAAAUGAUAAAAAUGAUCUCAGCUAAUCUAUUUCGAUCCUUUCCUUCUGUUAAUCACAAUGGUGGUAAGAAUUUGGGUGAGGUUUAUGACCCAGAGGAUGAUGAGCCGAUUUCGGAGCCCUCAUGGCCGCAUCUUCAGGUUGUGUACGAGUUUUUAUUGAGGUUUGUAUCUUCUUCUGAGAUGGAUGCGAAGCUUGCGAAGAGAUAUGUAGAUCAUUCUUUUGUCCUGAGAUUGCUAGACCUUUUCGACUCUGAUGACCAAAGGGAGAGGGAGUACUUGAAGACGAUUCUUCAUCGUAUAUAUGGGAAGUUUAUGGUACAUCGGCCAUUUAUUAGGAAGGCAAUCAAUAACAUAUUCUAUCGCUUCAUUUUCGAGACCGAGAAGCAUAAUGGGAUUGCUGAGUUGUUGGAAAUAUUGGGUAGUAUAAUCAACGGCUUUGCUUUACCUCUGAAGGAGGAGCAUAAGCUCUUUCUUGUGCGUGCUCUGAUUCCGCUGCACAAACCGAAACGAAUGUCUGCAUACCAUCAGCAGCUUUCGUAUUGUAUAACGCAGUUUGUAGAGAAAGAUUUCAAGUUAGCUGAUAUGGUAAUUCACGGCCUUUUGAAAUACUGGCCAAUAACUAAUAGCUCCAAGGAGGUCAUGUUUCUUAGUGAGUUGGAAGAAGUCCUCGAAAUGACUCAGGCCAUGGAAUUUCAACGCUCCAUGGUUCCAUUGUUUCGUCAAAUUGGACGCUGUGUAAACAGUUUGCAUUUUCAGGUAGCGGAGCGUGCGCUCUUCCUGUGGAACAACGAGCACAUAAGGAGUCUAAUAAUUCAGAACCACAAGGUGAUCCUCCCCAUAAUCCUCCCAUCGCUGGAGAAGAACCUUCAAGACCACUGGAACCCUGCUGUCCGGAGCCUAACCCUCAAUGUGCAGAAGAUCUUCUUAGAGGCUGACCCGCCAUAUUACAGUGAGUGCGAAACCAGAUUCCAAGAAGAUCAAAGCAGGCGAAAGGAAUUUCUGGAAAGACGGCAGGUUGUCUGGAAGAGCUUGGAGGACGCGGCUGCUGCCAAAUCGUUAAGCACUGAGGCUGUACUCAUAUCGAUAUUUCCUUCCUCGGUUGCCAUUGCUACCAGUAGCAACUCCAGAGCAGUUCUGGGAAGCUGAAAAUACAUACACACAUGCGCGCAAAUGCCAUGCCUUAUGCCGUAAGUCGUGUCGAUAUAUUGAUUUUUUUACCCCAUUCUUAGGCUUGCUGGUUCCCUCUCCCUCUUUUGGAUAUGUUGUCAGUUAUUUUGUCUGUUUUUGCUGGGGGAUUCAUGUUUUAGUUGAAAUUCAUGGAUCUGAUGUGAAACGGAUUUGUUGGUCGGGUCGUGUAUGGCAUUGUGCGAAUGGUUAGAUUAAGCUUAGUGGUGUGGAGCAAUAGGGUGCGAGUUUUUUUUGCAAGCCAACACAACACAUUGGUCAUAUUAUGAAAUGGUGGAAUUAUUUCGUAUGGUU